AUGUCGAAAAAAGUGCUGAUUAUUCAACAUUCAUUAAAUGUUCGUCCUGCUUAUGUAACAACAUUUUUUACUGAAUGUAACAUUCCAUUCGAAAUUCUUCCUAUUUUUGAUUCUGAUAUUCAAUCAAAAUUACCAGAUAAUAAUACAAAUGAUUAUUCAGCUAUUGUUAGUCUUGGUGGACCACAAGGUACAUAUGAAGAUGAUAUAUAUCCAUAUUUAAAAUGGGAAAAAUCAUUUCUUGCUGCUCAACUCGCUCUUAAUACACCUAUACUUGGCUUAUGUCUUGGAGCACAACUAAUAGCUGAUGUUAUUGGUGGACAUGGUUAUUUAGGAAAGUAUGGUUAUGAAGUUGGUUAUGUUCAAUAUGAACUCACAACGGAAGGAAAAAAUGAUCCAAUUAUGUCAAAAGUAUUCGAAGAACAACAAAAUAAACCAUUAUUAAUUAUGCAUCAUAAAGAUUCAUUCGAUUUACCAUCGAAUGCAUCGAUUUUAGCUUAUACAUCAAAUAAUUAUAUUGCUGCUUUUCGAAUUGGUUCAGCAUUUUGCGUACAAUUUCAUCCCGAAGCAUCCUUUACUGAAUUUAACGAAUGGGUACAAAGAACACGUAAUUAUAGACCAGAAUUAUAUGAAAAUCUCAAUAUAGAUGAAAUUCUACAUGAAGCACAAACAUGUGAAAUACAAGCUGAUAAAUCAAGACGAUUAUUUUUUGAGACAUGGUGGAAUUCAAUUCAGCACCAAUAA